CGGGCGGCGCCCCGCCCCCUUCUCUGACUGGCUGGCGCACACCGACACCGCCCUGUUCGCUGUUGACCGACCCUGGAGUCGAAGCGGUCGGGGGCCUUUACGGCCGUGGAAUGCCGGAAAGUGCAAAAAUCCUCUUCAUAUGUCUCCCCCACAGAUAUAUAGUUCUGUGAGAACACAUAUCUGACAUUUCAUAGCUAUGUCAGUGCCUGGAACAUAAAGUGCUCAAAAAGCUGAAUGAAAAACAAAAAGGUAUGUUAUGUAUAAAGGUGGACACUUUUCAUAAUAAAUGAAAAUGGCCAACAAUUCUUUAAGAGGAGAAGUACUGAACCUUUAUAAAAAUCUGCUGUAUCUUGGACGAGACUAUCCAAAGGGAGCAGACUAUUUUAAAAGGCGUCUGAAGAAUGUUUUCCUUAAAAACAAAGAUGUGAAGGACCCAGAGAAGAUCAAAGAACUUAUCGGACGAGGCGAAUUUGUAAUGAAAGAGUUAGAAGCCUUAUACUUUCUUAGGAAAUACAGAGCAAUGAAACAACGCUAUUAUUCAGAUAGCAACAAAACUAACUGAUUACAGUUACUAUAAUUUGAUUGAAAUGCAGUGUCAGCUAUUUAUGUAAACAAGAUAUGAUAAAAAUAAUUGUGCGUUACGUUAAAAUGGCAAGAUAUACAGGUUAUGUAAAAAAUACCUGCGCUGCCUUAUUGAACUGAAAUAGGUUUCAAUCUCUAUUCACAGAGCUUUAUCAGCAACCCUUUAUGCUUAAUUUUUAUACAAAAUUAGCAAUAUAGCCAACUACCAAUUAAAAAAUAAUGAGCACCCAUUUUGAAUGAAACUAUAGUGCACCUGAAAUAAUUUUAAUUUAGUAAGUUUUUGCCAAUUAUUCUUAUCCCAUUUUUCCAUUUUACUGACAAGAGAAUGCCACUUAAUAUACAUUUAACUAAAAAUAAUUUCUUGCACAUUAAUUCCCCUUAACUUUUGAAGGAAUACCACCUUAUUUUUGACCCUGUGUGGCACUUAAUUCUCAGCACACACUCAAGAUUCACUACAAAGCAGAUAGCACCUGGCGAUGAUAGAAGUGUAGUUACAGAAAUAAUGUGUGUGUGGAGUAAGAUUAUUUCUGAUCUUGAAGUAGGCUGCCAUUGAUUGGCAUUACAUACAACCUGUUUAAUAUCUUCCAUUAUUAAUUUUGCUGCUGGUUCUCUUUGGGUCUUAAAACAAGUCACCUGUUGUGUAUCAAUUACCUUUACUGAUAAAAAGUAAUAAAUAAUGUUGUUAUUCUAUUCUUUCAUCAUAAAGACAGGUCUGUUUUGCAUCUACUUUUAAAUGAAUUAACAUGGUAAUGGACCUAAAUCUAUCAUGGUUUUAAGUAAACACUUAAAACCUUUAUAGAAUGUUCAAAACACCUUUCACAAAUAAAGAAUAUAUCUAACUUA